AUGUCGACGCCCGCGCUGUCGCCUCGGCCGCGCGAGACGUCACACCCAACCACCCAGACCCGCUCCUCGAGACCUACACCCAAGCCACGAACCGGUGCCGCUCGAAGUCCUGUCAAGUCCACCCCGCUCACGAACCGCCGCAUGAAUGAUCUCAAAACACCAGGCAUUAGCACCGGCCACGAGCCCAAGACGCCCAGCCCUAAUUACUUCGGCCUGGCCGUCGAUGCAAAUGCCGAAAAGGAUGUCUUCGCAUCCAGCGCUGCCCAGCACAUCCGUGGAAAUUGGAGUCCGCCAUCUUCAAAUGUGCGAUCCACCGCUGCCGCGUCACCUCGCGUCAUACCUGUGGACCAGAAUCCUGAAUUCGAGCAGUUCAGACGCCAAUCCGAGAACAACAGAGGAUUUGCCCUAGGACGUUUCGACUUCGGCACAUCGCAAGGCUCCAUGCCAUCGCCUAGUAGUUCAGCGUUCGGCUUCAUGAAGGCUCCUCCGUCCCCGCAGUCGAUGACGUUACCGACAACCCAGAAUGAACAGCAUGAGGGCAGGAAAGAUGACGCAGGCGACCACGAACCUAAACCCCGGUCACCGAAACGUCUUCUUUCCACAGAGUCGUCCAUUGUGUACGACCGGCCACGGCGGAAUUCACCUGCUAGUUUUCUGGACCAAGACAACUAUGGACGCACGGACGAAUUGGCCAAGUUCGCUGAGAUGAGGAACGUUCGCCCGUCUCUGCCUCCGCGAGACUCAUCACAAAAGUUAACGUUGUCUUCCCAUCGUGCAGAUACUUUGCCAGCACAUGUCGUCGACGAUAGUAAAACGGAAGGGCCCUCUAUGGUCACGCCACAAUAUAUUGUCAACAUACUCGAAUCUGCAGUAGAGGAAGUCUUACUACUAGAUCUUCGCGUCUCUACACAAUACGCAAGAUCCCGCAUCCAAGGUUCCCUCAGUCUCUGUAUACCUACGACACUACUGAAGCGUGCAUCUUUCACCGUACAAAAGCUAGCCGAAACUUUCAAGGACGACGAAGAGAAGCAAAAGUUCGAGCAAUGGCGGAGUAGCAAGCACAUCGUUGUGUACGAUGCAAAUUCAUCGCAGAUGAAGGAUGCGGGAACCUGCAUCAACACACUUAAGAAGUUCACUAGUGAAGGCUGGACCGGCGGAUCCUACAUCAUUCGGGGUGGCUUCCAGGAAUUCGCAUCCAAGUUUCCGAAUUGGAUAUCGAGAGGUUCAACCCUAGUGGCGAGUUCCCCUGCAUCUUCUGCUGGGAAUGAGCCUGGCUUUCCAUCCAUAGCCCCGGUCAUCGGAGGCUGUCCCAUGCCAGCCACGCAGAAUGCUGCGAACCCCUUCUUUGGCAAUAUUCGGCAAAACAUGGAUCUUAUUGGUGGAGUAGGCCAGAUGCCCGUCAAGCAUCCUGCCGCAAUGGCUCGAUCUUUCGAAGAGGAGCUGCCGAUUUGGCUACGAAAGGCCGCAAAUGAGAAAGACAACGGCAAGCUUGUAUCUGACAAAUUCCUGCACAUUGAAAAGCGCGAACAGAAGCGAAUGCAGAAGGCACUCUCUGGACAGGUGUACUACGGCACCCCAACGUCCGGCAUAGAGGCUAAGCAAUCUGUCACAUUGGCGGGUAUUGAAAAGGGCUCUAAAAACCGCUACAACAGCAUAUGGCCCUACGAGCACUCCCGCGUCAAGUUGCAGGGUGUAAGCCCGGGAGGCUGCGAUUACGUUAACGCGAACCACGUCCAGCCAUCGUUUUCGAACAAGCGUUACAUUGCUACGCAGGGUCCUUUACCAGCCACUUUCAACGACUUCUGGAACGUUGUGUGGCAACAAGACGUUCGCGUUAUAGUGAUGCUUACGGCCGAGCAGGAAGGUGGUCAGCUCAAGGCUCACAACUACUGGUCUGGCAAACAAUAUGGCCACCUGCAUUUGAAUACUUUGGGCGAACGCAGAGCGUCCCUUGAACCAUCCAAGAUUCACCGACACGGUGAGCAGUCGCGGCCUGCGCUUGGUCAACGCCGUUCCACGACUGCGAGCCCACCAAACAAAGCCGGCUAUUUCCCUACUGAAUCGAAUACCUCGCCCAGCUCUGAGCAGCCCUACGUCAUCGUUCGCAAGUUCACAUUGUCGAACUCCGAUGAGCCGUUCGAGCGCAUGCGCGAGAUCACUCAACUGCAAUACUCCCACUGGCCUGACUUUGGCGCCCCAGCACACCCGACUCACCUGCUGGGUCUUAUCGAACAAUGCGAUGCCGUGUGCAGACAGGUCAACGGUGGCUCGCCCUCGCGCCCUGACCCACCCAACACCCGCCCUGUCCUAGUGCACUGUUCAGCAGGCUGCGGCCGCACGGGCACCUUCUGUACCGUCGACUCAGUCCUCGACAUGCUCAAGCGACAACGUCAAGCACGCAACGCACGGGAAACCACGCCGAUGGACCUCGAUCCCACCUCGCCUAACAAGACGACUCGAGGUGAUAGGAGCGCGUCAAUGAGUAUGUCUAUGAGCAUGGACGAGAUGACCAUGUCUCGCCGCUCUUCGAGCUCAUCUAGCAGCGAUGAAAAAUCGAGCAGAGACGAUGAUUGGGUCAAUGAAGAGGAUGUUGAUUUGAUCGAGAAGACGGUCGAAGAUUUCAGAUUGCAGCGAUUGAGCAUGGUGCAGAGUUUGAGGCAGUUUGUGUUGUGUUAUGAGAGUGUGUUGGAGUAUCUGGUGGAGCAGUAUCCGAAGAGCGCGUAA